CAGCAGGCAGCCAUGGAGCAGGCCGCGGCGCACAACGGCAGCGGCGCCGGGGCCGCCCCGGCCGCCGGGCCUGCGCGGCCGCCCGCCACCCCCGAGGGCAUGGCCCUGGCCUACGGCAGCCUCGUCCUCAUGGCCCUGCUGCCCAUCUUCUUCGGGGCGCUGCGCUCCGUCAGCUGCGCCAAGAGCAAGAACUCCUCUGAGAUGCCAGAGACCAUUACCAGCCGAGAUGCUGCUCGUUUUCCCAUUGUUGCCAGUUGUACCCUUCUGGGACUCUACCUCUUCUUCAAAAUAUUCUCACAAGAGUACAUCAAUCUCCUGCUCUCCAUGUAUUUCUUUGUGUUGGGUAUCCUAGCCCUGUCCCACACCAUCAGCCCCAUGAUGAACAGAUUCUUUCCUGCAAAUUUCCCCAACAAACAGUACCAGCUUCUCUUUACCCAGGGCUCUGGGGAGACCAAGGAAGAAAUAGUGAAUUAUGAAUUUGACACCAAGGAUCUCGUAUGCCUGGCCAUGAGCAGUGUUGUUGGGGUCUGGUACCUGCUGAGAAAGCACUGGAUUGCAAACAAUCUCUUUGGCCUGGCAUUUUCCCUCAACGGAGUUGAGCUGUUGCACUUGAACAAUGUCAGCACUGGCUGCAUCUUGCUUGGAGGCCUCUUCAUCUACGACGUCUUCUGGGUCUUUGGCACCAACGUGAUGGUGACUGUUGCCAAAUCAUUUGAAGCCCCAAUAAAACUGGUUUUCCCUCAGGACCUGCUGGAGAAGGGUCUAGAGGCUGACAACUUUGCCAUGCUGGGUCUGGGAGACAUUGUCAUUCCAGGGAUCUUCAUUGCCUUGCUGUUGCGUUUUGACAUCAGCUUAAAGAAGAACACACACACGUAUUUCUACACCAGCUUUGUUGCCUACAUCUUUGGGCUUGGCCUGACCAUAUUCAUCAUGCACAUCUUCAAGCAUGCCCAGCCAGCUCUUCUAUACCUAGUCCCCGCCUGCAUUGGAUUCCCGCUUCUUGUGGCCUUGGCAAAGGGAGAAGUAACUGAAAUGUUCAGCUACGAGGAGAGCUCUGCCCCUAAGGAGGUGCCAGGGGCCUCCAAAGAAGAGACAACAGAAGCUGAUAAAAAGGAGAAGUGACCUUGCCUGCGUGGGCCAGGCCUGGUGCUACUGGGCUCGGGCCCCUGCCAGACCCUUCGCAAGUGACAGACGACGAAACAGUUGUGCAAGAGCAUCAUGUUGUGUGUGUGUCCGGAGCAGCCGCCCAGGUGGGGCGCCGAUGUUCGCCACAUCUCCCCAUCGCCCAGCCCAGCCCGGGGGCUGCCCAGCCACGCUCCCUUUUAUUUUAUUGUCUCCUUCGUGGGUACAAAGUGGGUGGGGGGCGAACCACAGGCCCGUUUUUAAAUUUUGUAUUGUGCACUUGCUUUCUCUCAUAUUAAACCAUCUCAAAGGAA